GAGACGCCGAGCGCGAGCGCGAGCGCCAGUGUGCCGCCGAUGCGCAAGGGUGAAAGUUUGUUAUUGUUUGUGGGUGCGAGCGGCGAGCGUGUGGCGGUGUAGGCUCGCAGCGUCAAGACUCCCCGACGUGCGCCCUGCAGAGCCCCGCCGACGUAGCCAGGAGCCAGGACUCGCCUCGCCAGCGCCCUCGCGCCCAGUAGCAGAGUAGCAGAGCAGUUCGCGCGCGCCCGUGCCGUUUACUGUGUGUUCGCCGAGUGUGUGAGUGUGCCUCCUUCGAGACGACGACCACGACGACCACCGCCUCAACAUGCCCGAUGGAUUCAAGGGUUGCGCCGUGCACGACAAGAACAACAACACCAAGGGCACCGCCAACCACAACGCGAACUGUCAUCAGCAUCACCACAACGGCAACAACAAUUCGACGUGCUUCGGCGGCGGCGGCCACGGCGGGAGCGGCUACUGCGGGGGCGGCAGCGGGGCAGGGCCGCAGCGCCGCGUGCAGGUCACCGCCAAGAUCCUGUUCGGCACCGUCAGUGCCAUCUCCAGUAUGAAGGCGUCCGAGAAGGCGGCCAAGGCGGCUGGCAAGCGGCCGUAGGCCCCGCCUGGGGCGGCCGUAGGCAGCCGCAGCGUCGCGUCGCGUCGUCAUGUCCUUGUCGGCCAGAAUUCAACAUGAGAAGCAGGUGGAGACUCGAAGCGGACUCGACUGGAUUCGAGGGGCAUUCUAGUCCCAUGGGCUACACAACAUGUAAUGUUUUUUCCUUUCCAGGAAACGAAACAGCUGAGAUGCUCUUGCCUUUCGACGUUCAUUCCAUAAAAUGUUCCAUAAGUACAAUGAAAAAAAUCAUUGAGAACAAAAGACGAAAAUUUUUCUGUAUAUAACAGCUUUUUUUUUAGUAUGCGGAGCUGAAUGGAUGGUGAUAAGUAUUAUAUUAUGCAGUAUUAAUAAAUAUUAUAUAAACAUUUUCAUUUGUUUAAGUUAGGAUGAGUUUCAAAAAUAGUAGUGUAUGUAGACCUGUCAAAAUUACUUAGGACUGCAGUAGACAUUAGAGAGUCCCAUGGCAGGGGCAGUUGUCAAGUCUAGUCCGGCGCAAUGCUGAGUUGAGAAACAGUUUGUUGAGCUGAUUCUAAUCAGUAUUUUGGAAAAAGGGAGAAAAUAUAUUCAUAAUCUUUCAUUUUUAAUAUGUAAGUGCUUUAUAGAUUUUCACUUGUAAAUGAUAAGAAAUAAAACAAUCAAUUUACUUUA